AUGGUUGCCGACUGGAAAGUUAUUGGAGGGACAAACUGCUCAUAUACAGUAUGUUUAUGCCAAGAGAAUAACUGCCAUUGUCCCCGGUAUAACUACAGUGUCACAGAGAACAGUCCCAUAAAAAGAGAAAUUGUGAUUUCUGGUUUGAAUUGUGAACCUGAGGCCCUGUUUUGCAUUCCUGUCAGUAGAGAGCUGAACAGUCAAUCCAGUCAUCCAUCACCCCCAUUAGCAAAUUGCACACUCACUUCUCGAGAAAAUGAAGAGUCAUCUCUAAGUGUAUUAGUUGCAAUAGUUAUCAUAUUGUCUAUCAGUGGGGCCACUGGAGUCAUUACGUUAGCAAUUUGCUGGAAAAAUUGUUGUGGCAUCAGAGACAAGUUUUCAGACAUAUGCAAGGCUACAAAGGUAACCAGCGACCAUCAAGAUGAUAAGGAAAAUAAUUUAGCACCAUUGGUUCAAAAAGUUGAAGCAAGAGCCUUGUCAUCACGUACAGCAGAACAGGAACAGAAACUGUUUGAAAAGGAUAGUGAAGAACUGGGAAUUUUACGCAAGGAUCUCAAUUCACCAGUCAUAAAACAGCCAAUCAGUUGUAAGGAGCCAGAAGCAGAAUCUGAUGUUGUCCCAAGUAGAGCUUCCAGACAAAUAGAAAAUAAAUAUAGAGUAGAUCAUCAGGAAUUGCCCACUGGAUCAAUGGAAAAUAAUGGAGCUAUGACAUGCCGAGUGUAACUGGAAAACACACCAUCUUAAGACAGGCAUCAUUAUUUUGGGCAGUCUAGUGUGGUGCAAUAGUGCCUGUCGCCAAUGUGGUAAUGAUCAUAUUUUAAAAUGCCAAAAAGGCAUGGAACAUUUGAAGAAAGCAGAGAUAUGUAUAUACAGAGAUCUCUGAACAAAGUCAAUCCACUGGCGUUUGUAACCAAUAUUUUUAUCAAAUCAGUGAAUGCAAACAUUCAGCAACAGCACUUUGUAAGUGUAAAUAACAAUAGAAUGUGUUUUUGUGAUAUUUUAUACUAUAUUUUCACUUAUUUUUGCUGAGCUUUCGGGUUGGCAUCAAAAUACUUUAACAGAUGGAAAGUUAGAACAUUGUCUUUUGGGUUGGUUUUUUUUUGUGUGUGGGAGCAUUUUCUUUUGAAAGUUUUAAUGAAGAUUUUCUUUUAUUUCCCACAUCGCAAACUGAUGAUGUGAUAGUUGUAUCACACGAUGUCAUAAUAUAUUGCUUUGAACAGUUUGUAAUUGCUAUUUUGUAGUCUUUCUAAUGUUCUAGCAAAAAGUUAAAAUGUGAUAAUCCCUUCUGCUCUGUGGUGUCACAUCAUAUUCACUGCCUUAACAGAUUUAUGAUCGAAUUCUUUCCUUUGCUAUCUUUAUUGUUGGCUUUUGUCAGGCUCUUCACUUGCAAAAUUUCAUGUGCAGCCACUGCUACUUUCUCCAUGAGCGAUCUCUUUCAUAUUAUCA